AGCCCGCAGUAUAAAGGCAGUCGUGGUGGCGGUGGCGGUACAGAGCUUCAUGCGUCCUGCAGUCAGGACUGUGCGAGUGCUGGAGGCUCCGGGAGCCUCACUCUGCAGCCGCGCCAGCACGGCUUCGUUGGGGAUCAGGCUUGCAAAGUGACAUUCCUCCUUUCUCUUUCUUUCUCUCUCUGGAGUUCUUCUGAGAUGAAGGCUCUCGGGGCAGUGGGAGCUGCCCGGGUCUUGGUCGCCCUGGUAGCAGUGGCUGUUUGCGGCCACUCUCUGCUAGGAGUGAGCGCCACCUUGAACUUGGUUCUCAAUUCCAACGCCAUCAAGAACCUGCCCCCACCGCUGGGCGGCGCGGCGGGGCACCCAGGCUCGCCAGUCAGCGCGGCUCCGGGAAUUCUGUACGUUGGAGGGAACAAGUACCAGACAGUUGACAACUACCAGCCAUAUCCGUGCGUGGAAGACGAAGAGUGCAGCACGGAUGAGUACUGCGCGAGUCCUACCCGGGGAGGAGGCACCGGAUCGCAGAUUUGUCUCGCCUGCAGGAAGCGCAGAAAACGCUGCAUGCGUCAUGCUAUGUGCUGCCCUGGAAAUUACUGCAAAAACGGACUGUGUAUGCCUUCUGAUCACAAUCAUUUCCAUCGAGGGGAAAUCGAAGAAACAAUUAUUGAAAGCUUUGGUAAUGAUCACAGCACCCUGGAUGGGUACCCCAGAAGAACUACACUGUCUUCAACAACGUAUCAUACCAAAGGACAAGAAGGUUCUGUCUGUCUCCGAUCAUCAGAUUGUGCCACAGGCCUGUGUUGUGCUAGACACUUCUGGUCAAAGAUCUGUAAACCUGUCCUCAAAGAAGGUCAAGUGUGCACCAAGCACAGGAGAAAAGGCUCUCAUGGGCUGGAGAUAUUCCAGCGUUGUUACUGUGAAGAAGGUCUGUCUUGCCAGAUACAGAAAGAGCACCAUCAAGCUAGUAAUUCUUCUAGGCUUCACACCUGUCAGAGACUCUAAGCCAGCUGUCCAAACACAGUGGACUCCUUUAUAUAAUAUAUGCUAUGAAAACCUUUUGUGAUUUUUGCCAGCUCUACCCUGAAGGAUGUACAAAUUCUGUGAUUCUAGUUAAGCAUUCCAAUAAUACCUUCUAAAAUCUGGAGUGUAAGGGCUUUGUUUCUUUAUGGAACUCUCCUGUCGUUGAUUGCAGUAAAUUACUGUGUUGUAAAUUCUCAGUGUGGCACUUAUCUGUAAAUGCAACAAAAUUUUUAAUUAUUUUUUCUAAAGGUGCUGCAUUGUCUGUCGUUCCUCUUGUUAUGUAAAUUUUUGUGCACAUUGAUUGUUAUCUUGACUCUGAUAAAUAUUCUAUAUUGAAUUGUAAUAAAUCAUUUCAGCUUAUACUUCCUAAAUGUAUAACCCUCCCCUUUUAAUUCUAGAAUCUAGAAUGCAAUGAGCUUUUGGAAUGACAACUAAUAGGUAUCUAAAAUUUAUCAUGAAAAUACUAGCUUAUUUUCUGAAAUGUACUAUCUCAGUGCUUGGAUUAUAUUUAUUUCUAGGCUGUGGUAGUCCUUGAAAUAAAAUUUUACAUUUAAUACCAUGAAAUGUUACAAAUA